CCUGACAGAAUGUUUAAUGCGGCAAACGGGCUUUUUUUUAAAACUCAAUUCCAUCUCAUUUUUGUACGAAACUGACUUUUUGCCUUUUUAUUUGUAUUUCUUCUUCUUUUGUAACAAUGACUAUUUCAACUUCUCUGCAUAUACCUCUGUCUGAGUUAUCAAGAAGAGCGACAGUAGACAAAACGGGGCUGUCCAAAUACUCUGUCAAACGUUGGAUAUCCACUGUUGGCAAAUUAUUUGACGAAGGUGACUUUGAGUAUCGCAAACACAGUAUUCAGAAUGCGUACGUUCAUUAUAUGAAAGGUUGUAGUAUUAUGAUUGAGGUCAUUGCAACGCACCCAAAUUUCAAAGAAGCAAGAAACGAUCCUUCAUAUAAGCUCUUGAAGUCUCGUAUGUCCGAUAUUUUAGUUAACUUGGAAGACAUAACUUUGGAAUUACAACAACAGGAUGUCGCUAAUCACAGAGAUGACGUUUUGGAAGAAGCAAUGACCAAGUAUCCUUCGCUUGACGAGUUUGAUUCUCGAGAGAAUCAAACUCAGAGUGAUUAUUUACUCGACGAUUUACCUUCCGUACCCACCCAUGCGCCUCUUAAAACGAAACGGCCGUCUGCACCUCAACCGGAUAUUCAACCUGUGUAUAUGAAAAUGCCAGAACCUCAUCCAUCACCUCCACCGAUACCACCUACCUCCCACAAUUCAGUAUCAAGUACAGAUAGUACCUUGAUAUUACCCUCACCUACAAACUUUAUUUUCCCAUCUGUAUUGAUAGUGGAUCCGCCACAAUUGGCUAAUUGGAUUAAAAAAACUGGAUCGGAAAAUCCACCUAGUAUUUUAAUUUUGGAUGUAAGACCUCGAUACAUAUCUGAACAAGGAUGUAUCAAACAUCGAUGGAUCGCACAAAUUGAGCCAUUGGUAUUGAAGCAAGAUGUUCAUUCACAAAAGAUUGAGGAAUCCAUGGUCAUGAAUCGAAAUCCCGAACAACUUGUCUUUUCAAACCGUCAGCAAUUCGACCUUAUUGUCUACUAUGAUCAGAACUCUAUUUCGGCCGCUAACAGUGUACCGCUUCGUAAUCUCCACUCAGCAAUUUAUGAAAUGGAAUUCCAAAAAACCUUGAGCAGAACCCCAAUGAUGUUGGCUGGUGGAUUUGAUGCAUGGAGAUCAACUGUAGGUGAGAAAGGUAUCUACAGAUAUGAUCGGGGAAGCAGUGAUGAUAAUAGUCCUAGCUUUCCUCAACCAAAGCCGCACUGGCUUCAAGACGUGGUAAGGCAUGGAUCUGACCAAAGCGUUACUUUGGAACCUGUUCAAGUACAUCGAACAACUUAUGAUUAUUUUAAUAGUUCUGGAACUUCCGGAAACAAAGAGUCUAUGAGCCGACACACCAAUAAAUAUAAGGAUACACCACCACUUCGUGGAAUAUUUAAUAACUCGUUAAAUCAGCCUUACCCUUACUCACCCACUUUUUCAAUGCCUAUACCCCAACCAACUGGAUCAAACACACCAGAUAUUGAAACAUUCUCUACCAAAUACCCGGAUAUCCAACCCAAUACUUCUAGUAAACCUGGUAUUACAAGAAAGAACACGUAUAUUGAUAACCCUUUCAAUGGUUUUACAAAAACUACGAACAAGCAAUUCGAUGUACCCCCUUUGCCCCCCAAGCAUGUUCGGCCAUCACCUACAGAUUCUUCACCUCCUCUACCUCCAAAACCUUCAAACAUUUAUGAUGUGCAUACUUCAUCUCCUCCUACUGAGAAUCGUUUUGCUCCGGUCUCUGGUAAUUCUUUCUCUCAAAUAGGCACCGUCAUGAACGGCACAACAGGUCUCAAGAAUUUAGGAAAUACAUGCUUCAUGAAUUCGAUUAUUCAAUGUUUGAGUGGCACAGUUCCAUUUGCACGUUAUUUUCUUUCUGGCUCGUAUAGAAAGCAUAUCAACAAAGAAAAUGUGCUUGGAACAGGUGGUGUAGUCGCUGAAGAAUUCACAGCAUUGUUGCGUACCAUGUGGGGAGCUCAAUACAAUUUUGUUUCACCUAUCUUAUUUCGCGAAGCUUUAAUCAAAUUCGCACCUCAAUUUAAGGGAAGUGAGCAACAUGAUUCACAAGAAUUUCUCAAUUUUUUAUUGGACGGUAUCCAUGAAGAUUGCAAUUUGAUCACAAAACGCCCUGUUCCUCCACCUGAAUCUGCAGAAGAAGAGGCAAUGUUUGAAAAGUUACCUGAUUGGAAAGCAAGUGGUAUUGCUUGGGAAAGGUACUUGGAGAGAAAUUCAAGUGUGGUAGUGAGUUUGUUUCAAGGCCAAUACAGAAGUAGAUUAACGUGUUUGACAUGCUAUGCCACUUCAACUACGUACAACUCGUUCAUGUCUCUUUCACUACCUAUCCCGAAAAAUAAUGGAGCUUCCGGUGUAUCUUUGUAUGAUUGUUUGGAUUAUUUUGUUCGAGAAGAAGUUUUAGAAAAAGAUGAUGCAUGGAACUGUCCAAAGUGUAAGACUUUACGGAAAGCCAGCAAAUCACUUACACUAUCGAAAUUACCCGAUGUCUUAUUAAUUCACUUGAAACGAUUCUCAUAUGACGGCCCUUUCAAGAAUAAGUUGGAGAUAGUUGUGGAUUCUCCCAUGACUGGGCUUGAUCUAUCAAGAUACGUUCCAAGCUCCAUGUUUCCUCCAGAUACAAUAGUUGAACAGUCGACAUUUAAUUAUGACCUGUACGCUGUCUCUAAUCAUUUUGGCUCAUUGACAGGUGGUCAUUAUACGGCAUGUGUCCGUAAUGGUUACAAAAAUGAGUGGCACAAUUUUGAUGAUUCCCGUUUUUCGGUCUGCGAUCAAUCCAAAGUAUUGAGCCGAGCUGCCUAUAAUCUUUUUUAUGUCAGAUCUACUGUAAAAUAGCUAUUAUUUUUUUAUUUAUCGAACAAUACAUAUCCGUCCAUCUUUUACUUCCUCUAUGUAAUGAAUGAAAGAGAACUUUGAUUUUAUGUGCUCAUGCAAGGACAGAUGUUAAUAAGUCUGGGAGUGUUGCAAUUGCAUUUACC